AUGAAGCUAUUCAAAACAGGUUUAAAUGUAAUUUUUACGGGUCCAAAAGGUUCAGGUAAAACAACUUUAUUAUAUUCAAGUUAUACAAGUAACUUUGUUAAUAUCCCUACUUUUGAACCUACAAAAAGCUUAAACUUCGAAAGAAUUAAUUAUAAUAAUCAAAAGCUAUAUAUAUGGGAUGUAUCAGGUCAUGAAGCUAUUAGUAGUAUGUUAUUACCAAUACUCUACUCAUCAAUAAAUGUAAGAGCAAUAGUCUAUGUUGUAAAUCUACUUGAAAAUAAUAGAGAUGUCUUAGAUGUUGUAAGUAAUGAAUUACGUGGAUUAUUGCAUAGUCAACAGUUAAGUACAAGUUUGUUUUGUGUAAUAUUUAAUACAUUUGGUUCUGAAUCAGAUUCUUGGCCUUAUUCUGGAGCAGACCUUGCCGCUCUUCUUGAACUUUGUCACUUACCCCCUGAAAUUGAUAUUCGUACAAAGUGGUAUGUUGUAAAUACUGCACAAGGAAUAGCUGAUCCUGGAUGGAAAAUGGCACUAGAUUUCAUUAUUACAGCUAGAGCUCCUCCACCUACAUAUUAUUCUAAUAUUCCUGAUGCAGAAUUAACACCAAUACAUUUAUACUUUUCACAAUUCCAACAAGGUCAGAUUCUACAUCCAAGUAGAUAUAAGCAAAUAAUACCACCUUAUAAUAAAGUAGAUCAAACUCAAUCUGUUCAAUCUCAGUAUUAUCAGCAAGAUGCUAUUGGUUAUAAUUUGCAUAACAUAGAUCAAUCAAAACAUAAGUCACACAUUAGUAAGUUAAUAAAUAAAUUCAAGAGGAAAUAA